AUGAAGAUAGCUAUUCAUCCAUUGACAGCUGAUCCUACGGCAGCCUGGCAUGAGUUAUCUCAGCAUCAGAAAGUUGUAAAAAUAACUGCUAAAUUGCCGACGACCGAAGCACCAAUCGACAAAUUGCGUGUGGUAUGUAUGAGCGAUACACACUCGCUCACGCCGUUCAUAAAGUUCGAUGUGCCCGAGGGAGACGUCUUCAUUCACGCCGGGGAUUUUACGAAAUGUGGUAGCCUGCAAGAGGUCAUAGAAUUCAAUAAUUGGAUAGGUAAUUUACCACACAAACACAAAAUAGUCAUAGCUGGGAACCAUGAACUUAGUUUUGAUCCUACAUUCACGCAUCCCUUUUCCGUGCACACCAGUGGAGAUCAUCAGAAACAUACAGGAACUAGCAUACUCGAUGAUAUACCUACCUUGGGUAUGUCCAAGGAUACUCUCGCAGAAGCUAUUAAAACUACUAAUGUUAAAGAUUAUUUGACAAAUUGUACAUAUCUUGAAGAUUCUGCGAUUAUAGUGAACGGCAUUAAGAUAUAUGGUACUCCAUGGUAUAAGAGAUUCUUAUUUCUGAGGGACAUUUCGUUGAAACUUUAGGCAACCAGAAUUUUGUAAGUGGGCAUUUAACGUGCCACGUGGAGAAGCGUGCC